GUAUAUAGCGGCGCAGUCGACGUUGAAAUCGUCAUUCGUACGGCGGACUUUGGUAGAACAACACAGCACACACAGUUUUGAAUGAUAAUAACAUAUAAUAUACAUAUAUAGCUGUUUCUUUAUGGAUUCUACGAUGGCGUACAACCCGUUUCUGGUGCCCCGGCCCAUGGACUAUGGGAUGGCGUCGCUGCUGACCCCACCCCACUACAUCCCGGCGUUUUCCUUGCAGCACCACGGACUUAAUGCGUCGCUGCUCGCCAAACAUCAGCAGAGUCUCGGGCGGAUGGCCCACACCCCAGGGGACAUGCUCGCGCACCCGGAUCAUUUCAGGAUGAGGGGGAUGGAACCCCCAGAGCCAGAGGUUCGCGACGACCCCUCCGUGGAACUGGACUGUGACACACUGUGGGAACAGUUUCACGAGAUCGGAACCGAGAUGGUGAUUACUAAAUCCGGAAGACGCAUGUUUCCGGCAUACAAAGUGAAGUUAUCUGGACUUGACAAAAAAUCUAAAUACAUUCUCCUAAUGGACGUCGUGCCGGUUGACGAUUGUCGUUACAAGUUUCACAACGGGAAGUGGACGGUUGCCGGCAAGGCGGAUCCAGAGAUGCCCAAGAGGAUGUACAUCCAUCCUGACUCCCCCAGCACGGGAGAACAGUGGAUGCAGAAAAUGAUUUCAUUUCACAAACUCAAAGUCACCAACAACAUUUCCGACAAACAUGGAUAUGCGAUACUCAACUCGAUGCACAAGUACCAGCCCCGGUUUCACUUGGUCCGAGCCAGCGAUCUGUUACGUUUACCGUACAGUUCCAGCAAGUCGUUCGUGUUCCCAGAGACACAGUUCAUCGCCGUUACAGCGUAUCAGAACGAAAAGAUUACAAAGCUCAAGAUAGACCACAAUCCGUUUGCCAAAGGUUUCAGAGAAAAUGGAGGCGGCCGACAAAGAAAAUCCAUCGAUCCCACAAAGCCAGACCAAGGCGCCUCACUCUCGGGCACCAGCGACGACGAGGACGAAAUCUGUGUCGAUGACGCAGACGAUCACGUGAUCAACAACUUCGCCGCGUCAGCCGAAGUCGCAAACGACAGCCGUGUGACGGAAAAGAAGGCCGACAUUAGCGACGAUCGUCUGGCAGACGCGAGCUUCGAGAGACGGAACGAGGAGCAGGACCUGUCGAGUGAGCUGAGCAGUGAUGGCGAACAGCAGGAGGACCCGGGGAGUCCGCCGCUCGUCGCGAGACAGACUCCAACAACAACAACAGUGACGUCAGUCGUCGAGGAGAUCAAAGUGGCCGCGGCCAACGCCAAGGCCGACCACUCUGUGGAGAAGCUCCUGAAGCCAGACGAGGUGAAGCCGAGUCCCGCCAAGCAGAUGAAGAGUCCGCCGAACGUGACGGUGUGUCAGCGGUCUGCGGUGGGACAUCCUUACUUCCCGAUGUGUUACCCGCCCCACAUGUUCGCCAGCAGCACCUCGGCGUUCCACCAUCCCCUCAACACCAUGUUCUUCAGCUCACCCUCCCCGCACUCGGCCCUCAGGUCCCCGCUGACGUCCAUGUCCACCAGCCAAGACUCUCAUCAUGGAUCGAUGACGCACCCGAUUUUCGCCCACACCUCCCCCCUGUCCCUGUCUCACCAGCUGGCCCUGGCUCAGCGGUACCAGGCUCUCGGGAUGGGAGGUGGAGGGGGCGGGGUCGGCGGUGGCUGUUACGGACCUUCUUCCAUCGGUCCCAUGCUGUCGUCCAGAUCCGGCCAGCGAUUCCAUCCUUACAACCUGUCUCCGAUCAGCCCGAUGUCGUCGUACAACAGCAGCAACAACAACGGCUCUCCUAGUCCAGUCAGUCCACACUCACCGUUGUCGUCGUCGCCGAGUCUGUCUCCGGUUGAAAGGACGUCGCCCACGAACAUUAUUAGCCCAAUACCAGUCCGAGGACAUUCAGUGUCGCCCAACUCGGCGUAACAAACGUCGAGGACACCAGUGCGAAAAAAAAAAACCUCAGUUGUUGUAAUACGUUACGUAAAAGUCAAGUCUCCACGCAGUGAACUUAUUUUUUAGUCCAUAGUUGAAAUUAUGUUGGCUGUGAUUCAAGGAUAGUUGUCGGGGAAAUUGGUCGAACUUCUUUCUCUACAUGUGAGGCAUUGUGUGACGUCAUCAAUGAAUCGGCCCGGGCGGUGACCAACCAGGACGCAAGAGUCGAAACAAUAUUUCAGAUUAACAACACAUGGAAACCAACAUCGACUCGAGUCUGGAUCCAGGUCCUCGUCUUGCGGCUGCCAAUGAAAAUCCUUAACCCUUUUGAUGUUCAGAUGUUUUGCGGUCAAAAAACGCCAUCAUCAUGCAGUUUUGAAACAAGCAGCGUAGCCAUUGCUUUGUCUUUACCUACCGUAAAACGUCUGCGAAAAGUACCGUACACGAUCCUCAAGUCUCGCGAAACCCUCGUACACACAUUGUGACGCAACUUCUUUGUUACCAUGACGACAACAAUGGACAUUCUGAUGACUAGUGUGACCCAUGACAAUCAAAAGUGCAAUACUAAAUAGUUGUUGUUAUUAUUAUUAUUAUUGUUGUUAUUAAUGUAUAAACGGUGUUUGUUCAAAUUAUUUUGUGAAUUAAAUAUUGAUGUAAAACAUA